AUUUGCGGUGAGGUGGAACACAGUGUAGUUAAAGUUCGUAGUAAAAAGACCCUACAGCUCGGACAGAGAGAUAGAGGACACGAGAAAGGAGCAAUAAAAGGUUCUCAAAGGCUUUCUUUUUUUCUCUCUUCUCCAAUUUUUAAGCCAAAAAUAAUAUAUUUAUAUAUAUAUUUGAUAAAAAAGAUUCCACGAGAAAGCUGAAAAAUUACACAAAAGUUGUGACUGUCCGGAGAGAGACUGUACUACCAGUGCAUGUCUAAUGCCUUCUUCAACUUGGUUGUUCUUCAGUCUCAACAUAGGGAUAUCAUAACCAACCACAUUGAAGCAUCAUAUUCUAAGCGUGACCAGAUUUUGCAAAUUGAUUUGGGGUUUAACUCAUAAAGAAGUGACCUUUAUUUAGUUGGUUUGCUGGAACAUCAGGGGUAUAUGUACGAAAUGCUUUCCCUGGAAUGGUAAUUGGAAAUAAUUGGGGGCUUGACACUGUAUCAACUGUACCUUCAUAUUUUUUUUCUAAACCCUGAAGGGGUUUUAAGAUAAAAACUGGGUCUUGCCUUACACAUUUGAAGAUAAAUUGGUGUUUCUCUGUUCAACUUUCCAUGAGUACUGAAGUGAAGCUUUUAUUCUGAAGUUUAUGGGCUUUACAAUGCUCCUGUGUCUAUAGAAGGAAAUAUUGCUAUCUUUGUACUACUUAUAGCCUUAUAGGUGGUGCCACAAUCUGCAAAGAGUUUUUAUUUAUUUAUCUUAUUUAAUCAAUGUCGGAAAAGAGCAGGUUGCCAUCAAGGUUUAUUUUUUAUUUAAUAACCAUAUCCAUGUUCCUUUUAAUUUUUUCCUCUAUCUUUCUUCUUCAAUUUAGCAAUUCUUCUUUCACACCCAGGUCAGUUUUUAAGCUAAUUCUUGUUAAUAGUACCUCAUUUUACUUAAAGCCCAAUGAGAUAAGAGAAGAGUUUGAAGUUCCUUUAGUUUCCUCUGAGCUAUCACAAGUUGAUGCCAGAAGUCCCAUCAUGAGGAAAGAGCCACCCUGCCCAGUUUCAAAUUCUAACAACAAAACUACUUCUUUCAAAAGACAUGAAAAGGUGGUGUGUGACCCAGCUCAGGCACGCCUGAGAGUGUAUAUGUAUGACUUGCCUCCUGAGUUUCACUUUCGUUUAUUGGAUUGGAAAGGGAUGGGGAAUCAAACUUGGCCUGAUGUCCAAAACCCAAGUCGAAUCCCCGCAUAUCCCGGUGGGCUGAAUCUACAGCACAGCAUAGAGUACUGGCUUACUCUUGAUCUUUUAUCAUCUAAUGUUGGAACAAUGGUCAGGCCUUGCACUGCAAUCAGAGUGAAGAAAUCAAGUCAAGCAGAUGUUAUCUUUGUCCCAUUCUUCUCAUCUCUGAGUUACAACCGGCAUUCCAAGCUUCAUGGGAAGGAAAAAGUUAGUGUCAACAAGCAGUUGCAGGAGAAGCUGGUUCAGUUUUUGAUGAGUCGUGAUGAAUGGAAACGGCAGAGUGGGAAGAAUCACCUAAUAGUUGCUCACCACCCAAAUAGCAUGUUAGAUGCAAGAAGGAAGUUAGGUUCUGCUAUGUUUGUGCUUGCAGAUUUUGGCAGAUACCCGGUUGAAAUAGCAAAUCUUGACAAGGAUAUAAUUGCUCCUUACAGGCAUCUGGUGGGAACUGUUCCCAUCAAUGAAUCAGCCUCCUUUUCGGAACGUCCUACAUUAGCUCAUUUUCGGGGAGCUAUUUACAGAAAAGAUGGAGGAGUUAUUCGCCAAGAACUAUUUUAUCUUCUUAAAGAUGAGCCUGAUGUGCAAUUCAGUUUUGGUAACAUUAAAGGGAAUGGUGUCAACCAGGCAGGGCAGGAAAUGGCCACCUCGAAGUUUUGCUUACAUAUUGCUGGUGACACCCCUUCUUCGAAUAGGCUGUUUGAUGCUAUUGCUAGUCAUUGUGUUCCUGUGAUAAUUAGUGACGAAAUUGAGCUACCCUUUGAAGAUGUCUUGGACUACUCAAAGUUUUGCAUAUUUGUUUCUGCACCUGAUUCGAUUAAGAAGGGAUACCUGCUGAAUCUUCUUCGGGGAAUCAAUGAAGAGAAGUGGACCAAGAUGUGGGAAAGAUUGAAGGAAAUAGUACAUUUCUUCGAAUAUCAGUAUCCAUCCCAGUCUGGAGAUGCUGUGGAUAUGAUAUGGGAGGCAGUUUCUCGAAAGAUAUCUUCUAUACGAUUUAAUCGCCACAAGAACAACAGGUACAACAGAUCUCAGUCCAUUAGAACAAACCUGUAAUCAUGGUGCCUCUUUCAAGUUUUUCAAUCAUUUCUUGGACUAGCAGCAGCUGACAUCACCAGGUUUUCGGUUUUGCUGAAGUAAGGUUUAUUAGAAUGACUGAAAAAGAAAUAUACCUUAGUUGAAUUAUUUGUAAUGGUUUCUUGUUUGAAAUGAAUUGCAUAUCUUUUUUCAUAACCAGCUAAAGUACUGAUUUAGUUGUGACUUAUUUUUAUUUAAAGCUAAAUUCUUUGCAUU